AUGGUUGAGCUGUUUCAUCAGAGCCGCUCUGCUGCAGCACCAGAAGCUGCACUGUCUCCGCACUGUCCCUCCUCCCCCAGAGAUGUAUCAGAAGACCCUGAAGAGCAGCAGCAGCAGCAGCAGCAGCAGCAGCAGCAGCAGCAAGAGAGGGUUGCUUCUGACGCAGAGGAGACAAAAGGAGACGAUGCAGCAGAGACAGCCGACCCCCUUCUUGCAGCUGUCUCAAGGGCAUUAGAGCAGCAGCAGCAGCAGCAGCAGCAGCAACAGCAACAGCAGCAGCAGCAGCAGCAGCAGUUGCAGCAGCAAACGGCUGCAUUAUCUGAAGGUUCUUCAGCAGCAAAUGGAGCUGUUGAGUUGCCUUCAGUGCCGCCUGCACACAGCAGCAACAGCAGCAGCAACAGCAGCAGCAACAGCAGCAGCAACAGCAGCAGCAACAGCAGCAGCGGCAGCAAAUGCAGCUGCUGA